GGGUGAAAUACAUAUGUAAAACAAAAUAUCAAUCAUCAUCAUCAUUUGUAAAACAAUGCAUACAAUUUAGUUAAUUUCUUAACAUUAGGAAGUCAUCCAAAGAGUAUAGGAAAAAAGAAUAUUAUUGUACCCGACCCGCUAAACCACACGAACAACGUGCCUCUUUUGUCCAGUUUAACUGAACAUUCACAAACACGCCUAUACACACUUUGCUGCUGCAGACACACACACACAGAGACAGAAAACAUGGCGUCUGUUGGCUCCGGCGAGUUACAAUCGGCUAACAUAUUCAUACCGCAGGAGUGGUCCGAUGCCGCCGAUACAAUAGCUUAUGACUCCAACACUUCGCCGGCGCCGGUUGCGCUUGUUUGCGGUCCUAAAAAUAGCGGCAAAACCACUUUGUCUCGUCUCCUUGUUAACGUUCUUCUUCAGAGAUAUAAGAAAGUAGCUUAUUUGGAUACAGAUGUUGGGCAGACAGAGUUUACUCCACCUGGUUUGUUAUCCCUUACUACAAUUGACAAAAUAACUUCAGAUCUGUCAAUUCCAUGCCUAAAAACUCCCGAGAGAUGCUUCUUUUUUGGUGACAUUUCCUCAAAAAGGGAUCCCAAGACAUAUUUGGCUUGCAUUUUUGCCUUGUAUGAUCACUACCAGAAAACAUACCUGUUGAGCAUAGGCGGAAGUCCUGGAAAUGCUGCGGUGCCCCUCGUUAUUAACACAACUGGCUGGGUGAAAGGUAUUGGCUAUGACAUUCUUGUGGAUAUUAUCAAAUACAUCUCUCCUACCCAUGUUGUUAAGAUUUGCAUAUCAGCCGUGAGCAAGAAUCUUCCGGCUGGUGCAUUUUGGUUGGAUGAUGAUAAUGGUGCUGUUGCUACUCUAAUUGAGGUCAACUCUGCUCGUCAGGACUCUUUUAACAGAUCGGUUCUUGUACAGAAGGAUGCACGUCUUCUGCGUGAUCUACGUGUUAUGGCCUAUUUCAGACAAUGCUUUCCAAGUGAUAUGAAGAUCACAACAAUCAAGGAACUCUCUCGAGCAUUAGCUGCCCAUCCUCCAUACGAGAUUCUUAUAUCAAGUAUCAAAAUUAAACAUCUUCAUUGUGAGGUUCCAAAGAGUGAGGUUUUCUACAGCUUGAAUGCAACUAUUGUUGGCUUGGCAGUUGAUUCUGAAGAUUCUGAAAAUUUUCCUGACUGCAUGGGCUUGGGAAUAGUGCGUGCCAUUGACACUUUCAAGCGUGUACUCUAUGUAAUUACCCCUGUUCCAAAAAGCAGUUUGCAGAAGGUGGAUCUUCUAUUGCAGGGCUUUAUCGAGAUUCCGACUUGUUUGUUGCAAGUACAAGGUUGCACCUCACCUUACAUGUCUGCCGAUGUAUUGCCUUCAGCUUAGGCAAUAACUGGGGCGUGCCUAUCUGGAUAACUCACUCUAUCUUGUACAGCUUAGUAGCAGUCAUUCAAGAAGGUUGUUUAUGCUAAGUUAUAUCUACUUCUUUGACAAUCACCUUAUUUAAAAGGUAGAUUUAAGGAACUUAUGAACUUGCUUUGUAAAACGUAAUUAAGUUCAGUAUGACCAAUGUGUCUUUGUUGGGUAGAAAACUUUCUUCUUGUUAUGUACAAUUUAAUCUGUCGGAAUCAUCUUGUUAUUUUGAAA